AUGUCUUUUGUCGAGGCUGUUGAGGGCAUCUCCAAGCGCGCAGGCCAUGGCAAAGAAGAUCCUACCGCUGGCCUGGAAAACGUUGACGUCCAGCACUACCUCGGAUACAUCUGGUGGACUAUUGUCCUCGUCUUCUUCCUCUACCAGGUCGUCCUGUACUUUGUCCGCUACAUCCGCACCGUGUCAUGCCUGAACAACGACACCCAGCGAUACUUUGCCAUUCCCAACCGAACUUAUGCCGCCUUCAAGAAGCACUGCCUGGAUGCCCCCCUCUUCCGCACCCGCCACCACCGCGAAUUCAAGCUCUCGUCUGCCAUUGGUGUCGGCACACUGCCCAGCCGCCUGCAGACCUUUUUCCUCGUCGGCUACUUGGGCGUCAACAUUGGCUUCUGCGUGUGGAGGAUCGACUACAGCAGCUUUUCCGCUGGUGCUGGCAAGCUCCUGAGCCGCUCGGGUGUCAUGGCUGUCAUCAACAUGAUUCCUCUGUUCCUGCUCGCUGGCCGCAACAACCCCAUCAUCAAGCUUACCGGCAUCUCGUUUGACACCAUGAACCUCAUCCACCGCUGGUUCGGACGCAUCGUCGUCCUCGAGGCCAUUGCCCACACCGUCUGCUGGAUGUCCAACAAGGUCCACACCAAGGGCUGGGCUGUUGUUCAAGCCUCCAUCACUGGCAGUGAAUUCAUCAUGUCGGGUUUCAUUGGAACCGUCGCAUUCGUGUUCCUCCUCAUUCAAUCCCCAUCCCCCGUGCGCCACUCCUUUUAUGAGGUCUUUCUGCACGGCCACAUUGUCGGUGCUGCCCUUGCCGUCGCCGCGCUCUGGGUCCACCUCAAGGAGCGCCCGCAGCAGCAAAUGCUCUACGGAGUCGUCGCCCUCUGGGCCAUGGAGCGCACCUGGCGAUUUGCACGCCUCGUCAUGCGCAACGUUGGCAACGGCGGCACUUCGUGCGAUGUCGAGGUCAUGCCUGGUGACGCUCUGCGCGUCACUGUUCGCAUGGCGCGCCCAUGGAACUUUCGCCCCGGCCAGCACGCCUACCUGUACAUUCCCUCUGUCGGCCUCUGGACCAACCACCCCUUUUCCAUUGCGUGGAGCGAGGAGGAGGAGGACCUCAGCAGCGGCGCCCUGACCGACGAAAAGGGCCUGCCCAUGAACCGCCAAGACAUCCUCGAGCAGCACAAGACUAGCAUGUCGUUCAUCAUCCGUCGCCGAACAGGCUUUACCGACAAGCUAUUCGAAAAGGCAGACCUCUCCGCUGCCGGCAGAUUUUCCACGUCGGCUUUUGUCGAGGGUCCCUAUGGCGGCGAAGACCUUAGCUCCUACGGCACCGUCAUGCUUUGGGCAGCUGGUAUCGGUAUCACGCACCAGGUUCCCCAUGUGCGCGACAUUGUUGCUGGCUACGCAAACGGUACAGUGGCUACACGUCGCCUGACACUGGUGUGGAUCAUUCAAUCCCCCGAGCACCUGGAAUGGAUUCGCACAUGGAUGACACAGAUCCUGUCCAUGCCACGUCGCCGCGAAAUUCUCAAGAUUCUGCUCUUUGUCACGCGCCCCCGUAGCACCAAGGAAAUCCACUCGCCCUCGAGCAGCGUCCAAAUGUUCCCCGGUCGACCCAACGUCCAGGCUCUGAUUGACCAAGAGAUGCAAGAGGGCAUUGGCGCUGCCUGUGUCACUACCUGCGGUACCGGUGGCUUGGCCGAUGAGCUUCGCCGCGCUGUCCGCAACCGCGAGACUCAGUGGAACGUCGACUUUCGCGAGGAGUCGUUUUCGUGGUAA